AUGCAACCAAUCACUCUAUACUCCCACGAGAUCGGACCCAAUCCCUGGAAAGUGGCCAUUAUCCUCGAGGCCCUGGGACUCGAAUACAAGACCAUUUUUAUUAGCUUCGAUGAAGUCAAACUCCCCCCUUUCACCGAUGUGAACCCGAACGGCCGUCUCCCCGCCAUCAUCGACCCAAACAACAACAUCACGCUGUGGGAAUCCGGCGCCAUCGUCCAAUAUCUCAUCGACACCUACGAUGUCUCUCACAAACUGAGCUAUGAUACCUUCCCCGAGAAGUACUACACACAGCAAUGGUUACACUUCCAGAUGUCCGGCCAAGGGCCCUACUAUGGUCAGCUGUCCUGGUUCAAAAGACAGCCAACCCCCCAACCGGUUGCUACCGAGCGGUACGCCAAUGAAAUCAAACGCGUGUCUGGUGUUUUGGAGAAAGCUUUGGAAGGGCGGGACUGGCUGGUUGGGGACAAGUGCACCUAUGCCGACUUAUCUUUUGUGCCUUGGCAGGAUCUGGUUCGCAUGUUCUAUGCGGAAGAGGUCGGAGAUCUCGCGCGCGAGUUCCCCGGUGUUAAUGCUUGGAUGGGAAGAAUGAAGGAAAGACCGGAGGUGCAGAAGGUUUUGCACGAGAAGAGCGAGGCUAUGAAGAAGAUGGCGCAGAAAUAG